AUGGAUCGAAGCAACCUGGUUAAGUCUUUGCCAGAUAUUGUACGCGAUGCCAAAAUCGAAGCCGAGAUAUAUCCCAACCAGACCAAGAAUAUCUUCUACAUUUCAACCCGCUCGGUUCGCAAGAAGCGGAUCGAAGAGCUGUGGGUUCGCGACAGAGAACUCGGUCGUGGCGGCUACGGAAUAGUCCACCUCGAGCGAUGCAAAACGGACGGCAGAACAAAAGUACGAGCCGUAAAGCAGAUCAGAAAAGCUGCUGUCCCAGGCCAAGAGUUUGAUUACCUCAGGGAACUCGAGGCGGUCAUGAAGUUCUCACAUCCAAAGUACCAACACUGCUUCGUGCGUUCAGAUGGAUGGUACGAGUCGCACGACUGUAUUUUUAUCGUGAUGGAAUAUCUUGAACACGGUGAUUUGCAGAAGCAUCUCAAGCAACCGUUGCAAGAACGCGAAGCCAGGCUUAUUACCAGCCAAGUUCUCGAAGGACUUCGAUUCAUGCAUGAAAAUGGCUUUACUCACCGGGAUCUGAAGCCCGCAAACAUCAUGGUUGUCAAUAAGGGACCUCGGUGGUUUGUCAAGAUUGCCGAUUUCGGCAUUAGCAAGCGAAGACAUGAAAGCAGUAUGAGUUUGCAGACGCCACAGCGAGGCACUGUUGGAUUUGCUGCGCCCGAAGUUUUUGGAGUGGGCAAUGCCAAGGGCUCUUACACCUCCGUUGUCGACAUGUGGUCGCUGGGUGCCGUGGUCUACACCAUGUUCACGCGCACAACGCCGUUUCCCACCGUCGGGGAUGUCUGUCGAUAUGCCAGAGGGGAGAUCGGGUUUCCUCUUGAAAAGCUUAAGCAGUGUCGGAUUACGCAACAUUGUCAACAGUUUAUCAUGUCCCUGAUGGUACCAGACGCCCGCCAGCGAUUGUCGUCGUCAAAGGCAGAUAAACACCCAUGGAUGACGAUUGAAUCGUCAUUGAUGGGCUCAAAUGGAUCCAAUAUGCGCCGUUCGUAUUCCUUCCGGGGUAGGGAAAGAUCGAAGAGAGAGAACGUCAUCGAAAAGGUCUUAUCGAAGCAGAAGCACCGGUGA